CCGCCCCGCCGCCAUGGGGGCCGCCGUCUUCUUCGGCUGCGCCGGGAUCGCCUUCGGGCCGGCGCUCGCCCUCGUGCUGCUGACGGUGGCGGCGGAGCCGCUGCGGGUCAUCGUGCUGGUGGCGGGGGCGUUUUUCUGGCUGGUGUCUCUGCUCCUGGCGUCUCUGAUCUGGUUCGUUUCGGUCCAUCUCAGCGACCGGGAGGAUGCCAAGCUGCAGUACGGCCUCCUCAUCUUCGGGGCUGCCGUCUCCGUCCUGCUGCAGGAGGCUUUUCGAUUCGCCUACUUCAAGCUGCUGAAGAAAGCAGAUGAAGGUCUGGCGAUGAUCAGCGAGGACGGCCGGUCCCCCAUCUCCCUCAGGCAGAUGGCUUACGUCUCGGGCCUGUCCUUCGGCAUCAUCAGCGGCGUGUUUUCCGUCAUUAACAUCCUGGCAGACUCCAUCGGGCCGGGCAUCGUCGGGAUCCACGGGGAUUCACCGUACUACUUCAUCACGUCCGCGUUCCUCACCAUGGCCCUUGUCUUGCUCCACACCUUCUGGGGAGUGAUCUUCUUCGACGCCUGCGAAAAACGCCGUUACUGGUGCCUGGGGCUGGUGGUUGCCAGUCACCUCCUCACCUCGGGGCUGACGUUCCUGAACCCCCGCUACGAGGCCAGCCUGGGCCCCAUCUUCAUCAUCACCCUCAUCAUGGGCCUCUGGGCCUUCUUCACUGCCGGGGGCUCGUUCCGCAACAUCCUCAAGUGCCUUUCCUGUAAGCAGGAGGACGACAGCAGAGUGAUGAUGUACUCAGCACUGCAGGUGCCUUUCGAGGACUGAGCGGCCGCUGCGGCCCCGCGCCGCCGUACCCAAGUGCCCUCGGCAGCUGGGAGACCACGACGCUGCCCCCGCCGCGGCGCAGAGGUGGCUCCCUCCCCUGUCCCACUCCAGAGGGGGAUAUUUCUUUUUUUUUUUUUUUUUUUCUUUUUUUUUCGGGGGGGAUCCGACCAGUGCUUGUGGGCAACCCCGUUAGCGGCUGCCGUUAAACUUUUUUUCCUGACAGGGUAUGGCUGCGGGGGGAGGCAGGAGUGGGGCCGGGUGCCCUGGGGUGCGAGGGGGCUUGCGGGGCUCGGGGCAGGACCCCCCCUUCCCUCGCAUUUCUCCCCCUCCCCACCACCACAGCCUGCUGCCGUUCCCUGCUCAGCCUCCGCAGAAGCAGGGGGAGCUGGGAUUGGGGGGUGCUCUGUCCCACUCACCCCCCUUUCUGCUUCCCCCGGCAGCGGGGGAACUCGUUACUCUGCUGUGCAACUGGGAGGGGGGUAAAUUAUUUUUCUGAUUCAGAGUAAAACCCUUUUAAUAGAGCGAUGGGUACCACGGCA